AUGAUCCGAUCCCCGUCGAACCACUCGCACCACACUGCCGGCGAGCCAUCCAACGGCGCCGUUCCCAACACCGGCAUGGCGGAAGCCUCGGACAACUCGGCCUCGAUCAUCUCCCCCGGCAACCGAUCGUUCUCUGGCUCUCACCCGCCCGGCCACGCUCUGCGCAGCUCGCCGUCCGGCCACUCGCUGACGGGCGCGCCCUCGGGCACGCAGGCCUUUGUGCAGCCGACCGAGGCGGCCGUGAUUGAGAAGCAGCUGCCGUCUUUUAUGAAGAUCGAUGAGGCCGAGUUCGAGAAGGCUCGUCACCCGCAGCGACGACGCGACAUCCUCCGACGCCGCCUCGAGCUCAAGAACAACGCCGUCGCGGCUGUCAGCGAGUUCUGCGGCACCUUCCUCUUCCUCUUCUUCUCAUUCGUCAUCGCCACCCAGGCCGCCAACGGCCGUGCAGCCUCGCAGAACAACAACGUAGACCAGGGGACCCAGUCUCUCUCACAGAACGCCCCGCCGGACACCUCGUCCCUCCUCUACUCGUCGCUCGGCUUCGGAUUCAGUUUGGCCGUCAAUGCCUGGACCUUCUACCGCGUCUCGGGAGGCCUCUUCAACCCCGCCGUCACGCUCGCCCUCACCCUGACCAAGGUGCUCAACUGGAAGCAGUGCAUCAGCCUCACCAUCUCUCAGAUCAUCGGCGGCAUCGCUGCCGCCGCCGUGUGCGACGCCAUCAUCCCCGGCCCCAUCAACGCACGCACAUCCCUCUCUAGCGGCAUCUCGGUCGCCCAGGGAUUCUGGCUCGAGUUUUUCCUCACCGCCCAGCUCAUCUUCGCCGUCUUCAUGCUGGCCAAGGAGAAGCACCGCGGCACCUUCCUCGCUCCCGUCGGCAUCGGACUGUCUCUGUUCAUUUCCGAAAUCCUGAACCCGGCGCGUUCCUUCGGUCCGGACGUGGUGCUGGGUCGCUUCGACUCGUACCACUGGAUCUACUGGAUCGCUCCCUACGCCGCCGCCAUCUUCACGUCCGGCUUCUACAUCCUGCUCAAGUACGUCCAGUACGAGUCGGUCAACGAGGGACAGGACUCGGACGAGAGCAAGCAGGUGCUCCGCGACGCUUCGGGUACCAUCGUCGGCGUCCUCGACUCGGUGCCGACGCACGAGUUCCACUAUAUCAACGAGGCCACCGUCGAGCAGGGCCAGGCGCCCAACGCCGUCACCGACAACGCCCGGUCGUCGUUUGGCGCUCGCUCCGCUGGCGAGCCCGUCGAGCGCAUCCGCUCCCGCAGCGAGCACGGCAACUCGACCCUCGGUGGCCACGGCAGCUUCUCGCCCAUCAAGCGCGAGUUUGACAGCGAGCACGCGGCACGCAUGGCAUGA